AUGGCGCGACGUCAAUGCAAACCCAGCACAACUGACAUCUCGUCGCGCAGUAUUUUCAAGUGCUCGGACGAUACGAAAUUGCGAAGACCCUUUGGUCAAGUUUCAGGACAUUUAGACCCGGCCAUGCGUUCGUUCGUUACUUCCAGUAGCGAUACUUGUAGAUCUGCUUUUGAUACCGCUAGCUCCAUGGAGCUCAAGGAUGAGAAUGAAGCACUUUUGGCAUUGGCCACAAGCGCCCGAGCCAACGUGGAGCACGCACAACGUGUGUUUGCAACUGCAAGAUGGAAAGGACGCAAGGAAAGCCAAGGCAUCCGCGCGUGUGAGCGAAAGACAACACCAGGAGUUUACGAAGUUACGGUCUCGACAUCUUUGCCUUGCACUGUUAAUGAAAUUGUAGACGUGUUUUCCAGUCAUAACAGUGAUGACUUCAACGCCACUAUGGUGGCCCUUGCGGGCGACGCGUUUUCUUAUGCAGUGACACUACGCGAAGUCCCGACGGCUUCGGUAAAUACGCACCUUACUAUCAAGCGCAUGCAGUUUUCGGGCUCUAUCCCGCUACUUUCCAGUACCAAAACGAUUGAAUUUCUUGACUAUCUUGCGUUCAACAACAAGACACGCACUGCGGUCCGUAUUUUUCAGACGUUAACAUGCGACCGAGAUGGCCGUCUUAUUGUCGGCGGAGAUGUCUUUGGAGGCUACGUGUUGUCGGAGCAGAUAUCAUUGCAUCAGACGUUGGUGUUUUACUUUGGAUCACACAUAGUAUCCUCAGAUGAACUGAAAGCGAAAGGAAUUGUGAAAGCCAAUAACAAGCCUGCAACCGUUCGUGAAUCCGCGACCCACACUUUGUUAAAACUAGCCAAGAUGAUCCCAAAAGUUGGUGAUAUCGCGAUCCGUAGGCGUCUGGGUGUCGAGCGCACCGUCGAUCCGGCUAAUAACGUCAGCGAAAGAAGCUGCUUUGGUUGUGGAAAGCUCGUGAAGGAGUCGCUGUUGCGAAAGAAGCACAUCUGCGAUCUAUGUGGCCACCACACUUGUGGCUCUUGCUCCAAGUCGCAGGAUGUUGAAGAGCAGAUUGGGCUUAUCAAGCGUCUACGAGUUUGCUGCAUGUGCGUCGCAGCUGCACGACAUCGGAUUUUUGGUUCCAUUGAUCAGCUUGACGAGGGACUGGUGCGUCUGUCGCGCCCUAGCUUAGAUGCGAGUGCUUUGAGCACUGCUUCGUCGAGCUGCACCGCUUCAACAUUACGAUCGAGUAGACGGACGCGUAUGCUGCAUAAGAUGACACAAGAGAUGUCGUAG